AUGGCAACAAAUAGAAUUGACAAGCUCAGCAGUUUUUAUAAUUAUGGAACAUUUGUAUGUUUAGGUUUUCAAGCAGGGCAACACGGUCCAACGAUACUAGAUACUAGUUCCCCACCUGUUGUCUAUACUGAGCGUGGGAAAUCAAUUCGCAUUAAGUGUGACUACCACGCUGAGCCAGAACCCAAAGUUAACUGGAUAAAGAAUGGUGUUGAAAUUCGUCAUAACUGUGAUACGUGUAUCGCGAAAGUGAAAGUACAAGCAGAAACAAGCAUCUUAGAAAUCACACCCUACUUAAAAGAGGAUUUUGGAGAUUAUGAAUGCCGCGUUCGUAACAUAUAUGGUUCUUCUAAGAUGAAAGUAUCUUUGAAAGAGACUGAACUGCGACAAACUAGAUGCGAGAAAGAGAGAUUGCUGUCGGCAGAUCCACGAAAAAAGCGUGCAUUUCGCCCAACUUGCGACGAAGAUGGAUCGUAUCAUGACGUACAAUGUUCAAUAGAACAUGACUUAUGUUGGUGUGUCAACAAAUAUGGCAAGAAAACUCUAGAUGUGAUUGAUGGCUCUAAUGGCUUACGCUGUUUUGCACCAAAAGAUUUAUCUGUGGUGGCUAUCGUUGUUUUAACUCAGGGUAUUUUGGUGACAAUAGUACUUAUUGAUCAGAUUAUAAAUGCAUUUGGCUAUAAAAAUUACAGUGUCUACGGGGCUCUCAUGAAAUAUUACGGGCAGCGUGUGUUGGUACCCAAGAAAAGAUGUAAAGUUCUUAAAAAAGAGAUGCAAGAAAACAAUAUGAAAUGGAGACCAUUGCCUGCUGUACCUGGAAAUGUUCAGAAAAAAAAGAAAAGAAAAAUGCCACAUAAAGAUAAAGUCCUAAAUAUAAAUUAAAUACAAGUAGAAACAUGA